CCAAUCAGGGAGCGGGGACUCCUGAGCUCUCCUCUGAUUGGCCAGCACCAGAAGAUCAGGCCCCACAGCGAGGACACUCUUGUAAAUUCCGUCGCUUCUCUUCUCUUCCUGUCUUCCCACGGAAAGGGGGCGAGCUCCGGCGAGCGAACGGGACGAAGCAGAGGAAGAAGAAGAAGAAGAGAGGGAGAAUGCUGCGUCCAGUGGCAGCAUUCGCCGUCGUCAUCGCCGCCUCCAUCGCCGCCCUCGCCGAUUGCUCCGGCGACGGCUCACAGGUCAGGUGCAGCCGAACCUGCGCCGCCGAGAACUGCGAUACUAUCGGGAUCAGAUACGGCAAGUACUGCGGCGUGGGAUGGACGGGUUGUCCGGGGGAGAAGCCUUGCGACGACCUCGACGCCUGUUGCAAGAUUCACGACGAAUGCGUCGAAAAGAAAGGUAUGACUAACGUAAAAUGCCACGAGAAGUUCAAGACCUGCAUAAAGAAAGUGCAGAAGUCUGGAAAGAAGUUUUCUCGGGAAUGUCCUUAUGAGACUGCUGUACCAACUAUGGUUCAGGGCAUGGAUAUGGCCAUCUUGUUCAGCCAGAUAGGUAAUUCAAAGCUUGAGCUCUGAUUUGCUCAAGUUAAUAGAUUGGUAGAGUAGCAAAAGAAUCCCAUUCUUUUUUCUAUUUUUUUAACCAUCGUGUAAACAUACUUCACUAUCAUUUGCUUUGACAGAUAUACAUAUCGAAUCGACCCUCGCAUGACUGAUUUUUUCUGGAUUGGUCUUACUUUUUAUGAAUGUAUCACUUGACGGAUC